UCUUUUUUUUUUCUAUCCCAGAAAAAAAUCCCCGAAAAUUUUGAAGAAGGACGGAGGAAAACAGGAGACGGGGCAUGCAAUAUCCCGACAAUAGAUCCGAAUUCUCCGGAGCUCAUGACCCGGACCCGACCCGGUACCCGUUUCUCCAGCAACGUACCUCGCCGGAGCAUGAGCUCAUCGUCUCUGCACUGAAACACGUCAUCUCCGGCGAAGAAACGACGCCGUUCCAUGGUUUCAUUGAACAGAGCACAGUGAUCGGGGCAGGGAUGCCCCGGUCGGAUUCGGACACGUGUCAGGUAUGCAGAAUCGACGGCUGUCUGGGCUGCAACUACUUCUUCCCGCCAAACCAGAGAACCGAAGAAGGACGAGAAGACAAGACGACACAAGGGGAGGGCGGGAAGAUAAGGAAGAGGAAGAACAAGAAGAAUGGGUACAGAGGAGUGAGGCAGAGGCCAUGGGGGAAGUUCGCGGCAGAGAUCAGGGACCCCAAGAAAGCGACACGUGUCUGGCUCGGGACAUUCGAGACGGCCGAGGAAGCGGCUCGGGCUUACGACCGAGCCGCCAUUAGCUUCCGCGGGCCACGUGCCAAGCUGAAUUUCCCGUUCGUGGACUCCACCGAUCAUGAUACUGUCACUGAUACUGAUACGAGUGUGAGUGCAAGUGCGAGCGGGACGAAUUCUCAUGAAGCGGAUGGAGAAAUGGAAGAAUGGAUGAGGAUGAUGAUGACGAUGGAUUUUGGGAAUGGUGAUUCUUCAGAUUCAGGGAACACCAUUGAAGAUCUGUUUCAGUGAUUGUUCUUUAUGAUCAGAUACUCUUUCUCUUGCGGGACGAAUUCUGUACUGCAGAUGGAGAUACGGAUGAUGACGAUGAUGAUGAUGAUGAUGAUGAUGAUGAUGAUGAUGAUGGAUUUGGGAAGAGAGAGAGAGAGAGACAGUAUGGUUUUCUAGGAUCUUUGCUUGUUUUGAUUCUUCCAAUUGAAGCAAGUUUUUUAGAUUCUAAUGACUUUUUUUGGCAAUUAGAUUUUUCUGUACUGUACAGUUGUACCAUACAAAAAUUGAGAAAUUAAAUAAAUAACAAUAAUAAAUUAUA